AUGGCCGACGUGGUGAUUUUGGAUGCACUGCAGGCUUUCCACCGAGAAUUGGUGGCCUUGCGUGGAGGCUUUGGAGAUGCAACCGAAAGUCUGAAUAACGAGCUUCUGGUGCGGACAUUCGAAAAAGAGCUGGAGAAGCUGUGGGAGUCCCCUGCAAAGAACGAUGAGAGCCGGAACGUGGUGAAGUCGGGUAGGUUUCCAAAGCACGUCUUUCACCAGGUCAUUCGACGCAAGACUGAAGCUUUCGCAGGAAAACUUUCGAUUGAAGGACAAGAGUACAUCCUCAACGAGAAAUUCCAACAAGACGCGCUUUUAUUGUCUGAUGAACUCGACCUCGACGAACUCGAAGCUGCAAAGUGCCUCCUCGAAUCGCAAGAUGACCCGGCUGUUCUGGGUCGAUCUCUGGUGGAAUGUGGCAUCAUCCGCUUUCACCAACAGCGCAAAUAUACUUUGGAUGCGUUGAGGCUAUUGUUGGAGUUGGAUAGCAUUGAAGACGUCACAGAGCAAUCCGGUGCUCUAGAAGCCAUCAAGAUGUUUGUUGCCGCCAGGUUGUUUCAGUCCCCGCCGAGGGGGGCCAAACGACACGUGCCACGAUGUAUGGCAGCAAUGGGAAAAAUCAAAAGCUCGCUGCAACGGCUGGCAGACAAGAUUGCCGCCGCGCAAGCUCUCAGUCAAGUCAAGUCUGACCAACUCUCUGAAGAGAUGGAGACCGUUGAGUUCUCUCGGGUGAGCUUGAUACAGCAGCACGAACUUUUGGGAGUUGUCCUCUGCCGUCUGGUCGAGAAGCGACAAGCCGAUGUAUCGGAUUUUAUGGACUUUGUCUCUACGCUGAACAAGUUGGACAAGUACGAUAAUCUGCUUGCGCAUUUGGUUCCCGCAAUGGGAGCCUACAUCUCAGUAUUCGGGUCCACUGAAGGAGGCUAUGACUUGAUCAAAGCACGAGAAAUACACAGCAAACUUUCCCCCCCCGCAGACGAUUCGACAUGGCCGCUGCCUCAUUUUCAUGCCGCAUUCAGGGCCUGGUGGCUCGCUGAAUACAGCGGAUUUUAUCUUGAUGAUCCGCCCGAGGCAGCUAUUCCUCCCGGAACCGACCUAGACGAAGAGGAUCGCCAACGAUCGAAACAGUUCUUGGACGCCCUGAAGGAUGGUGCUUUCGACUUUCUGCUCUCAGUUGCCGGAGAUGUUAAACCAGCUGACUGGCAUGACUCAGUUCGUGUGGGCAUGCGGAAUUGGCUCACAAGAAAAUCAUCUGCCCUGACGGCUGAAUUCGUGCAGUUUGCAGGAUUCUUUCAGCUGUGCCUCAUGUCGCAAAUCGAAGUAUUUGUAGAUGCAUUCAUAUCAAAUCUUCCAGACGUCCUGAGAAAACUCAGAGUAGAGGAAGAUGAGCAAAGACAGCUUAGCCAAGCACAUGAGCAAGACCUAGACUUGGAACGAUUCCUCCUUAUUAUUGCUUAUUCCUAUGAAGGACGUGAAGAGGCGGCUGCAAACUUCUGGUCAGACCCAGACAGUAAUCUUGCGGGCUUCAUGCAUUGGGCGUCCAGGAGAGCUUCCACCCCCCUGGUCACGGCCUUUUGUGAAAUGCUUCAAGCCAUAGCUGGAAACGAUGAAUGCGCCACGGCUGCUCACGAGUUCCUCCUCGAUGAUGGCCACCAGUCGUCGGGGAAGAUGAGACGAUCUCAGUCAUUGACCUGGACACAGAUUUUCAGAGAGCUAGACUUCUUCUCUGACAAGAUCAGACAAAAGCCUACAACAACACAGACAUCCCGGUUCCGCACUGGUAAGCCAGGUAACGAACAUGUCGAGACAGAGCCAGAAUCCGCCAUGAUGCUCGAGUGUUAUUUGCGCUUGAUGGCCAAGCUCGCUACCGAGAGUGAAACUGCGCGGGUAUUUCUACUUCAAAAUCCAAACUACAAUCUGGUUGACGUGCUGUACGAGCUGGCAAGCAGCCCAAUCCCCCCAAGACUUCGCGGAUGCGUCUUCAUGGCGCUCAAAGCUCUCAUGUCCAGAAAGACCAUGCAAGAAAACCUCGCAAUGUGGACGUGUCUGGAAAACUGGAUCACUGGCGGCUACGCAGGACCUGCCACGGGACCCCUGAGACAGGCUCAACCUGCGCCUCUCAUUUCCAUGGAUAGAAUUCUGGAUGAAAUGAGCAGUGGCUUUGAAGAUUCGGAGUCGUUUGUUCAAUUGCUACUGUCACUUGUUUCACCCGCAAUAGACAGCAGUCCUCUCAACGACACUCUACCGUUUCCGGAGACCCUGGGCUCAAAUUCACGAAUUCCCGGCGUCGAGGUCUACGUUGACUUCGUGAUAGGACUGGUUUUCGCAAGCAAAGCACAUGAGCUCCAAGACAAGCACCAGUUGCGCGUACUGAGGCUAGGUUGCCUUGAUUUCAUGCUGACGUGUUUGUCGACAUUCAAUGAAGACUUGAUUGUGAUUACAAGCGAAACCACAAUCAACAUUGACUCUGUCAUCUCGACCACUGACCUUGCAACCUACGUUCGGAAGCACCCGUUUGCCCGGGUCAUGGAAUGGAUGUUCAACGACAAGGUCAUGACCGCACUGUUCAACACGAUCCACCAAGAACCCGCUGAUGUGGGCAAUGCCGCUCCUGACUCGCCCUUGAUUCUCGGUAUCUUGAGAGCCGUUGAAGUCAUUUCCAAAGUCCUCGACCUGGAGGCGACGUAUCUGGACCUGGUGAGGCCGCUCAUCAAAGCGGAAGUCGGAGCAAGACGCCAACCGGUUGCAAAUGCUUCAUAUGCUUCAUUCCAGGAGGGACUAGUCACUAGGUUGCACCUUGUCGUGGACCUCGGCAAUUACUGUGGCAUUGGACACCCAGAUCUCACCUUGGCAUGCCUCAAACUUCUCGAGAAAAUGUCUUCAUCAUCAAAGAUUGCAGCGACUUGGUCAGGGUCCGGUCGUCAAUCGCACCGUAACAAAGCCAUCGUGGCCAUGGAAGCAAACGGCGAACAUGAAUCGAUCUCACGAAGCUUCUCGUCAGAGCUCAAUGCACCUCUAGAAGCAGGGCGUGAGGCUGAGUCCCCGAACUACGUCACCAAAAUCUACAUCCUAGAUUUCCUCCUUCAGUGUCUUUCUACAACCCCGAAAGAACCAACCAUUGCACAUUUGCUGCUUGGCUUCAAGUGUGGCGUGGACUCGAUCACGAUUGAGAGCAACAGUGCGUUUGCAAAUCAAACAUCCUUAUUUCACACACUUGUUCGACUGUUGAUGGAAAUCCCGUCCGAAGAUGCCGAGGGUAUGAGGCGAUGGCUUAUUGCGAUCAAGUCCAGAGUAAUGCGUAUCCUUCACAUUCUCUGGAGCUCCCCCCUAUCCGCGCCCUUGGUGAUUGAUGAAUUGAGAGAAAACGAGUUUCUGUUUCACCUUCUCAUUCGUGAGACUGUCAUUCAGCCCGAACUGCUUUGGGAAGGCCAGAAUGUCGCAUCAUUACACUUCCCCGUUACCGACGGUGCCCCGACUCUCGUCGACUUUCUGACCACAAGAAGCUUGGCCUUGGAAUAUAUGGCCAUGGAGUUGUGCAUGAUUUCCCAAGGUCGCAUACCGAGCACAAAGCGACGGGCUUUUGAGGCUCUGAACGGGCAAGUCAUCGGCGACGACAACCAACCCAUCCAAACACCAACUGUUUUUGACUUGUUCGACUUCCUCCUCCCCGAGGGGAUCUGGGAUAUUCCGCCUCCCCCGCUCCAGUUUUACAAGGACGUGGAUGUCACCAUCUGCUUGGAAGACGACGCCGACGGAAAUACCAUUCAUAACAUUGAUCGAGUCAAGGAGAUAUUGCUUCUAAAACGAGUGGAGUUCCAGACUCAAGGCAGCGUCCUCUCUGUCCAGGAGCUUGCCAUGACGGAAAGAGAAGAGGGGAUGAUUAUUGAAUAUCUCAUUUCCAUUGACCGUCAGAACCAGAUCGCGACCCAAUGUCUGAGAGUGCUCAAGUCAUGGACCCGACUGUCGCUUGUCAUGGUCGAGUGCAAUGACUUCAAAGGCACAGCCCGAACAUCUUUUUUCCUGCAAGCACUGCAGGCCGUGCUACCCAGCCUCGAAGUAUUUGCUUCAGACCGACCGAAAGAGGCUCUGGAGCUGGCAAAACUAGCCCGAGUAUUGCUGUCCAAGCUAGACUUGAGCAGUCAAGACAUGUCGGACAAGAACGGUCGAUCGAUUGGCAACCUGGUGAGCGACAAACUGUACCAACUUUUUCAGAUUUGUCUGCAAGCAACUGGAAAGUGGGCCGGCACAUCUGAACUGCGGUCGGUGUAUUACGAGAUCUGCUACCGAUAUCUCGCCGGCAUAUCUGCGCAGGGUGCGCCGAGUCCCAACCGUCCCAAGACGACAAAGACUAUCCAGGUGUACGGCGAGCGACUGAUCAAUGUGAUUUGCGACGACGCGUAUUGCGGGGAGCCGACGUGUCAGUCAUCGGCUCUCGUUCUCCUGAGCUCCCUCGUCAGUGUCGGCCGGCAAGAAAACGACAGCCACGUAAUCGAGACUCUCAACAAGCUCAACUUUAUUGGCGUUCUAGUCGAUUCUCUUCGCAACAUCAUGCAAGAAUGGCACGACGCCUACACGGCCGGUAAGCUCUUCUGCCGCAGUCAAAACGACCGUCAUGUCCCCGUGCCGUCUAACCAAACACCGUCUCAACCAGGCCACACCAACCAGCAAAACUACCAAAACGCCCGCCUUGCGCUCCUCCUCGAAAUGGCGCAGUCCCGCCACGGCGCCAAAUACAUACUCUACGCCAACCUCUUCCGCGCUAUCGACGCGAGCGGCCUCUUCACCGCGGACCCCGAACUGCAGAGUGAUGUGCGGAACUCACAUGCGCUGGAGCAGCACUACGACCUCUUGGCAAAGGUCGUCCGCAUCAUUGGCGCCGCCCUACUCAGCAGGGGAAGUCACAACAUCAUCCAGGGGCGCAGGUUCCUCACGGACCACAGGAUGCUAGUGACUCAUACACUCAAGAGAAGCGCUGGCAUCGGCGGGGGUGUGGACAACGAGGCAUUGGAUGACAAGGUUAGCGACCUUGCCGAUGCGCUCAUGGUUGUGAUUGCUGCAACCGGCUUCUUGGAGUAUGAAAAUGAAGCCGUAGCCGAGUCGAUGAAGCCGAACCAAUCACUGUUCCAUUGA